AUGUUGCAAGCGGAAGUUGGGGACGAGCCCUCGCCGCACGCAGAAGGCGAGGCGCAGUCAGCUGCUGAUGUCCCCAUGGAUGAUGCCACGUCGGCAGAAGAGGAGAAAUUCGUCGAGGGUGAGGGUGGCUCGGCCGGGGCUGCCGGCGCUGUCGAUUCUGUGAAGGGUUCAGCGGACCUAGAAGUAGCGAUCCCGGAGGAGGGGGAUGGGGAGGAGCAAAGCAAUGAUGCGGCGGCUGAUUCGGUUGGUGAGACUGAGAAAUUGGAGAACGGGAGUGGGCAUGCGAAGGUGGACGGCAAGGAGGGUGGCGGCUCACUGGAGGAGGGAGGCGUGGAUGGUCAGAAUCAGCCUACUGAGAACCAGCUUAUACUGGUGCCGACUGGGGAGGACCAGGCACUGUCCAAGAUCUCCAACAACUCCUUCAUGUUAGAUUCCACCCAAGGCGGUCAAGACUCAGGGACCGAGGAGGAGCAGGCUGCUUUCAUGAAGGAGCUCCAGCAGUUCUACAGGGAGAAUAUGAUGGAGUUCAAGCCCCCGAAAUUUUACAAAGGGCUCAGUUGUGGAGACAACUGGAUUGGGUGGCUAUGA